GGGAAAGAACCUUCAGAAACACGAGAAGAGUCGCUUUCAGGGGAGCAAGUACCAACAUGCCCAGAUUACGCGACUUCCAAGUAGACUGUAACAAUAUAUAAAAGUCGGAAAUUGAUCUUUAGCCAAUGAGGAGCCUGGCGGCAAUGCAGCGACGAUGCGUUAGAAUCAGGAACGGGUUCUUUACAGGGCUCAUUUUCAGCAGAAACGAAGUACAUGAAGGCGUUGUAUACUGUAUGUAGUGGGCGCACAGCGGUUACGCGCGUUUGCGUGCAAUGUCGUUAACGCUACGCGAAAACAGCAGCGAACGCUUCGCCGAUUCUGAUUAACGAUAGUUUUUGGUUUCACACCAACCUUCAUUCAGAAUGAACCAGUGUAAAGUCAUGAAGGACGGCUAUCUGGAGAAGAGGAGUAAUGGACUUCUGCAGCUGUGGAAGAAGAAGCGUUGCGUUCUGUCGGAGGACGGGCUCCGGCUGUACGACUGUAAAGGCGAGAGCAGUAAAGAGAUGCGCUUCGAGCAGAUGACCACGCUGGACUGCGUGGAGUAUAAACGGGGUCUGGUGUACUUCACCAUCGUGAUGAACGGCGGGAAGGAGAUUGACUUCAGGUGCCAGCAGGAGGGAACGGCGUGGAACGCGGAGAUCGCGCUCGCGCUGGUGCGCUUCAAAAACCGCGUCGCCGUUCAGACCGGCAGGAACAGACAUUUGUCACAUCUGGGCAGCUGCGGCGAGGGAGACGUCGAGCUUUGAGGAUUUCUCCACCUAGACACAGGAUUGGAUCCAAAAGAGAGAGAAACUGUGGAAAAGAAAGUGAAGGCAGGAGCCCAAUGUUAAGGAAACACCUGAUGAAAAACGCAGAGAACUUUACAACUCACAUAUUUCUUUUCUUUUGUGCUUCCACCAUUUUUCAGAGUGACAACUUUUGGCCUGCUCACAGACACAGCGGGGUGGAUUUGUACAUGUGGGUGUUGGGCCAUAGAUGUUUUGUACACAGUGGAGUUUUUCCAUGCACUUUUACUUAAGAGGUCAACAACAACAGAGACCCAAUGGAUUGCUCUUCACCAUAAUUCAAUGCUAAGUUCACUCCUCACAAUGCCAGUGUGGAUUUUGGCAUGGACUUUACACUUUUAAGAGACACAUUUACCUCAUGCUAAAUGGAGGACUUACACUCAGUAUUAUAAGUGAAAGCAUGAUGCUGCUUUAGGAGACAUUAACCAUAGAUGAAGUAUGACUCACAGCUGCACUGUUUAACAUUUCAUAAGUAUUUGAACAGUGAAUCUGGACUCAUUCACUUGUAAAGGUUUUCAUCUGCACACAUAGCACGGCAGGAAAACCAGACUGCUGUUCCUUGGAAUGUAUCCUGACUGUACGGAAAACUUGAUAGAUGUGUUUUUAUUUUCUUUUUCACUGGGCAAUGCUGUUAUUACUACAAUUUUCUCCAAAUUCUACCAAGCUGUUGCCAAAGUUAGAAAAUAAACGUCUGUGUUGUGAUGGUUAAAAAAUAUUAUAGAGGAAAUGUGUUCUGCACAUUAUGUGAUUAGGUACACAUUGUUUAAAUAAAAAUAAUUAUUUUGUGGCUUUGUAAGGCAUAUCGGUGUGAAUCUCUCUUAAUUAGUUUCUCGAAGCCCGAGGCGACAGCAGGAUUUUUAAUGCUAAUUAGAAGAAGUGUUUUAGCUCUCAGUCGCUUUCUCGACUCUCAACCUCAAGUGUCUCUGCGGCACAUGCCCGGACAAUGGCCUCACUGACUAAUAAUGUCCCGCCAUUCCUUCUUUUCACAGCAAGGCCAUCAAAGAAGUUGUCAAACAGGGCUUUUUCGUCAGGAUGAAUAUGUUUUGCUAUUGUGCAGUAAUAUGUGCAGUGCUGCAUUAACAAAUUGAGGCAUGAAGGGAAGUGUAGUAUUAAUCUGAAACAUGUCAUAACCGGUUUGUUAUCUUAAUCUUAAUAAAUCUCAAAAUUAAAUGAGAGACCGUGAAAGAUCCGUUCAAAGUCACUGAGAAUCUGAUGAAAUCCUCACAUGUAGUACUUAAGUGAGGGGUCAGAUCUGAUUAUGAAGAGCAGGGAAAAACAAUGUUAUAUGCAAACUGUAAUAUACAACUAAUUACUCUGAGGG